CGUUGGAGCUAUCAGCGUGAAAAUGGCGUCGACACGAACGAGACCGAUCGAGAAAUUUGCAAAGGCCACCUCGAAGUGCUCUACCGAGGCGGCUGCAUAUGGCAACUGUAUUGUUGCUGACUACAAAUCGGUGCAUAAAGACAUGUGUGCUAAAGAGUUCAUGAAGCUGAAAGACUGUUUCCUGGUAAGGGAUCGUAAUAUGCAAUUGCGUGUCCGGGAAUCAUGCUAACCACGACUUGCUUGCUCAGGCUGCGGCGAAGAAGGGUUAAAAAGGUGGAACAAGGCAGAUGCAUGUACAGGUAUUGAAACUCUGGAGUCAAGGCGGUUGUACCGGUCAGGUGCCUCGGUGAUUUCUUUCUUUUUAUGUUCACUUCUAUUUUCAUUCUAUUUUCCUUUUUUUUCUAAGUGUACUUUGGUCCAAAACAACCUGGAACGGUAGUACUACAUGAUUACGAUGCAAUGAUAAGGUCAUAGAAGAUGAU